GCCGGGCCGGGCCGCGCCGGGGCGGCCAUGGUGAACACCCGGAAGAGUGCGCUGCGCCUCCUGGGCGGGAAGGCGGCGGGGCCCGGCGGGGGCGGGGGCGCCGGAGCGCCCGGCGGGGGUGCCGGCGCUGCAGCUGGGCCCGGAGGCGGGCACUUUAUCUCGUCCCGCACGCGCUCCUCCAAGAGCCGCGCGGCCGGGGCCAAGGCAGGCUCGGGGGCAGCAGCGGCGGGAGCCGGAGCCGGAGGGGACCUGGACGACUCCCGGAACGCCGACGCCGACGGCAGCCUGAGCGACGGCCACGUGUCCCCCCCGGCCAAGCGCACGCUCAAGCUCCCCGAUGCCCUGUGCAAGGACAAGGCCAAAGCGCGCAGCCCCGGCCAGCGGGAGGAAUGGAGCCUCGCGGCCGGCCAGUCCAGGUUAGCUUCUCCGCCCGGCGCUACCUUGCCAAACGGACAUAGUGGCUUAUCUCUUCGCAGCCAUCCCCUCCGAGGGGACAAGAAGGGAGAUGGGGACCGCCCUUGUCUGAACGGGGACAUGGAAGUCAGGAAGAGCUGCCGUUCCAGGAAAAACCGAUUUGAGAGCGUCAACCAGAGUUUAUUGUUUGACCAGCUCGUCAACAGCACCGCCGAGGCCGUUCUGCAGGAAAUGGACAAUAUCAACAUCCGGCGGAAUAGGCGAUCCGGUGAAGUGGAGAGGCUGCGCAUGUGGACCGACACAGAGUUUGAGAACAUGGACAUGUAUUCGAGAGUGAAGAGGCGAAGGAAGUCCCUGAGGAGGAACAGUUACGGCAUCCAGAACCACCACGAAGUGUCCACUGAGGGCGAAGAGGAAGAGUCUCAGGAGGAAGAUGCCGACCUGGAAGCGGAGGAGGCCGAGGGCGAGGAGGAGAACGACCGGCCCUACAACCUGAGGCAGAGGAAGACGGUGGAGAGGUACCAGGCUCCGCCCAUAGUGCCGGUUCACCAGAAGAAGCGGGAGAGCGCCCUGUUCGACAUCCACCGGUCCCCCGCCCGGAGGAGCCACAUCAGGAGGAAGAAACACGCCAUCCACAGCAGCGACACGACGUCCUCCGACGAGGAGCGCUUCGAGCGGAGGAAGUCCAAGAGCAUGGCCAGAGCCAGAAACAGGUGUUUGCCGAUGAACUUCCGAGCGGAGGACUUGGCGAGCGGCAUCCUUCGAGAGCGCGUCAAGGUGGGGGCCAGCUUGGCCGACGUGGACCCCAUGAUCCUCGACAAGUCGGUGCGUUUCGACAGCAUUGGAGGCCUGAGCCAUCACAUCCACGCACUCAAAGAAAUGGUGGUGUUUCCGCUACUGUAUCCCGAAAUCUUCGAAAAAUUCAAAAUCCAGCCUCCCAGGGGCUGCUUGUUUUAUGGUCCGCCCGGCACCGGGAAGACCCUGGUGGCCAGAGCGCUGGCCAACGAGUGCAGCCAGGGAGACAAGAAGGUGGCUUUCUUCAUGCGCAAAGGGGCCGACUGUCUGAGCAAGUGGGUCGGGGAGUCUGAGCGGCAGCUUCGCCUGCUCUUUGACCAGGCCUACCUGAUGAGGCCCUCUAUCAUCUUCUUCGACGAGAUCGACGGCCUGGCCCCAGUCCGAUCCAGCAGACAAGACCAGAUCCACAGUUCCAUCGUGUCCACCCUCCUCGCCCUCAUGGACGGCCUGGACAACAGGGGAGAGAUUGUCGUCAUCGGUGCUACCAACAGGCUGGACUCCAUCGACCCAGCGCUCAGGAGGCCUGGCCGCUUCGACCGGGAGUUCCUCUUCAACCUGCCCGACCAAAAGGCCCGGAAGCACAUCUUGCAGAUCCAUACCCGGGACUGGAGCCCCCGACUGUCGGAGCCCUUCCUGGGCGAGCUGGCCGAGAAGUGUGUCGGCUACUGCGGCGCCGACAUCAAGGCCCUGUGCACGGAGGCCGCCCUGCUGGCGCUGCGCCGGCGCUACCCGCAGAUCUACGCCAGCAGCCACAAGCUGCAGCUCGACGUGUCCUCCAUCGUGCUCAGCGCCCAGGACUUCCGCCUCGCCAUGCAGAACAUCGUGCCGGCCUCCCAGCGGGCCGUCACGUCCUCGGGCCACGCCCUGUUGCCCGUCGUCCGGCCGCUGCUGGAGAGGAGCUUCGAGCACAUCCUGGCCGUCCUGCGGAGGGUCUUCCCUCACGCCGAGAGCAGCCCGGCCAUGCGGGAAGACGCGCAGAGCCUCCUGCUGGACGACAGCGACGACGAGCACGCCCUGUCCAUCUUCGAGGCCGGCUGCCCCUCGGCAUCACCAAAGAAGGCGCCCCCCGCCGCCGCCCCCAGGCCCUACCUGCACUUCAGCACGUCAGCUUCUCAGCAGCCCACGUCGUACAGGCCCCGCUUGCUGCUGUCCGGGGAGAGGGGCUCGGGGCAGACCUCGCACCUGGCUCCCGCCCUGCUGCACACUCUGGAGAAGUUCUCCGUGCACAGACUCGACCUCCCCGCACUUUACUCAGUCAGUGCCAAGACGCCCGAGGAGUCGUGUGCCCAGAUCUUCCGCGAGGCCCGCAGGACCGUGCCGAGCGUCGUCUACGUGCCGCACAUCGGCGACUGGUGGGAGGCCGUGAGCGAGACGGUGCGCGCCACCUUCCUGACGCUGCUGCAGGACAUCCCGUCCUUCUCGCCCAUCUUCCUCCUGUCCACCUCGGAGACCAUGUACAGCGAGCUGCCCGACGAGGUCAAGUGCAUCUUCCUCCAGUACGAGGAGGUCUUGUACAUCCAGAGGCCCCUCGAGGAGGACCGGCGCAAGUUCUUCCAGGAGCUGAUUCUCCACCAGGCCUCGAUGCCGCCGGCCAGGAGGAGAAAAGCCGCCCUGUGUGCGAUGGAGGUGCUGCCUCUGGCCCUGCCGUCGCCUUCCCGCCAGCUGUCCGAGUCCGAGAAGACCCGGAUGGAGGACCAGGAGGAGAACACGCUCCGGGAGCUGCGGCUCUUCCUCCGGGACGUGACCAAGCGGCUGGCGACCGACAAGCGCUUUAGCAUCUUCAGCAAACCGGUGGCCGACUACUUGGAGGUGAUCAAGGAGCCCAUGGACCUGUCCACCGUGCUCACCCGCAUCGACAAGCACAGCUACCUGACGGCCAGGGACUUCCUGGGCGACGUCGACCUCAUCUGCAACAACGCGCUGGAGUACAACCCGGACAAGGAGCCGGGAGAUAAGAUCAUCCGGCACAGCUGCACGCUCAAGGACACGGCGCACGCCAUCAUCGCCGCCGAGCUCGACCCCGACUUCAACAAGCUGUGUGAGGAGAUCAAGGAGGCGCGGAGGAAAAGAGGCUUCCCCGUGACUGCAGAACAGCUCAGCCCUCCCAGCGUGCUGGCCCGCAGGGCAGAGGCGAGGGCGGAUGAGGCGUUUCGCAGCAAGCAGAGACACCCUGUGGACGCCUGGCACCACCCUGCUAACAAAUGUGCCUUUCGAGUGCGGAGGAAGUCGAGGCGGCGCUCUCAGUGGGGCAAAGGCAUCAUCAAGAAGCGGAAGGCCAACAACCUGAAGAAGGACGAGGACGACGGCAAGUUUGCCGACGACGACAGCCCGGCGGCGGGGCCGAUGGCGGGGCCGGCGGCGGCGGCGGCGGCGGCGGCGAAGCUGCUCGAGAACGGCGAGUUCGAAGCGGGCCCCGACGGCCCCGAGGAGAACGGGGAGGAGACGGGCGACCUGUCCAUGACCAACGACGAGUCGUCCUGCGACGUCAUGGACCUGGAGCCCGAGCCCCGGCUCCACAACGGCCCCCGGGCCAAGGACAGCCACUUCGCCUCCACCGAGGAGGAGAGCUCCAACGAGUCCUUGCUGGCCAACAGCAGCGGCCUCUCCCUGAAGGCGGAGCGGCCGCCCCAAGAGGAGCCCUUCGCCAAAGCCCAGGCCUGCCUCAACGGCGAGGCCUCCGCCGUCGACAGCCCCGGGAGCCCCAGGGGCCCGGCCGGCGCUGCCCCCGAGGACCGCGCGGCCCUCCGAGGGGAGGAUCCGGCCAGAGGAAAGCCAGAGGCGCCCCAGGACACCGAGGCCCCCCAGGACGCCGGCGACGAGAAGGGGGAGCAGAGCCCGGACCCCGAGGGCAAAGACGCAGAGCCUGAUAAAGAAGGUGCCGCUCGGGGAAAGAGAUGUCGUAAGUUUGUCUUGGAGCCGUCUCGCACAACGGGCCUGGACCUGGUGCCGGAGGAACCCUUGGAGCCCGUCCCCCCCCUGGUAGUGGACCACGAACGGCUGAAGAAACUGCUGGAUCUGCUGGUCAAGAGAAGCAACAACCUGGCCGUGGAUCAGCUCGAGAGGCUGUACUCCCUCCUCAGUCAGUGCAUCUACCGACACCGCAAAGACUACGACAAGUCCCGCCUCGUGGAGGAGAUGGAAAGGACCGUCCAUCUGUUUGAGACGUUCCUCUGAGGUCGCUCGGAGCGUGCGGGCGGCCCUCCCCGGCUCUCCUCCUCUCUCCGUGCUGCUCGCGAGGACGGGCGGGCAGCCUUCUCUGAGCCAUUCACUUCGUGAUCGCACCAAGCCUGUGUGGAGCCUCGGUCUGGGCCCAAGCGCUCGCUCCCUCUGCCCCCUGUUGCAUUUGGUGCUAUUGUCUCAGGUACCUGAAACCAGCCAGCCUACAAGAACCAAACCGAUCUUCGGCACGUGCUGUAUUUUCCACAGACAGACGACGACGUCACCGCGUGGAGAUCUUGGUGCUACAGAAUCGCUCGCCCCUCCCCCGCCCGCGCGCCCUCUUGUCUCCUUCCCAUUUGCUACGGGGUGUUCUGGUGGGUGGGAUGCUGGGGAAGCAGGACGGGACGAGAAGAGGCUCUCCGACCGCCUUUCAUGUGCCUUUUAUUCAUUGGAGAAAGAGAAGGUUACGGCCGCCGGGCGGAGCGCCAGAGCCCCCCCCCUCACCAAAAUGGCGGCCGCACGGCCCGUCGGGUCUGUCCCUUCCAGAAACGUUCCGUUGGGAAAAGCGGGCCAAAGGGGCCGAGCCCUCGGCAGCCACACGGCUCGGGCCUCUGCCGUUCCGUCCCGCUCGCUGUGUCCAGGCACAACCAGUAUUAAUCAGAAACCGACCCUCCCCGGAGCUCCCCGAAUCGGCAGAGGCGCGGGCGGUCCGGAGCCCAGGAAAGCCCGACGACGUCACGUCCUCCUUCGUCAGCGUCCUUCCCACAGGUGCAGCUUCCCCCUAUAUGCAACACUCGGUGCGUUCGGGCUUGUGGCGGCGACGCGUUUUGUAGCCCCACCGACAGUGUUUACAGAGCCGGCUGCGCUCUGCCGCCGCCCGCCCGCCCGCCCGUCGGCGCCUCGUCCCCCCGAGACGCCGCCCCUCGUUUCCUUAAUGCCGAUUCCUAAGAGACUGACUUUGUAGCAUUCGCAGCUCGAGGUGCGCCCCGCGUCCAAGCACUGUACUUCGUCGGCGGCUCCCGGGGGACCUUCGCGCUUCCUCUGGGCCUCGUCAGCACCGUCCCGCGGCCGACCUCCCGUCUGACCCGUCGCUUUUUGUACUUUGAUGACGAUUGUUACAGACUUUGAAGAUUUGAUGAAAUAAAAUGUAGCAGCUUUUUGUAGCAAGUUUCUGGUAAAAGGGUUUUGGCAAGUCUCAGGUUCUUGCUGCAGCGCGUUGUGGAGCCUCCAUUCCCGUUUCACCAAUUCAGAAGCGUCCCGUCCGGUGACAGCCACGCUGGGGACGGGCGGACAGACGGACGGACACGGUUCGGCGCUGAAGACUUUCGCCACCAGUGAGUGAGCCUGACGAGCACGACGACGCUUCCGAAAGAUCGACUUCCUUCGGUUUUUGUUUUGAGCCUCCCCUGGAGAGGGCAGGACGGGAACGGCGCUCGAGCACCCCCGCCGGGCGCGUGACGCCCCUCAGGUCAGGCGCCAAGCGCGCGCCCGCCAGCUUUCCUUCGUGAGCUUCGCUUUCAUCCGGCAAAGGCUCUGUGCGAACUGACCUGCUCCGGCUUCCUCUUGGGAACGUUCCGCGUGCCGAGCGCGCUCUGGGCGCCCACGUUCCGAUCUCUCCUGGCAUUCGUUUGGUUGUUGCGUCCUUUGUAUCGUUCCUUGAUUUGGUUUCUCACACGCCAAUGCAUUUAGGUUCACGGGGGGUCGUGCGCGUACCUUGUCUUCCCGCUCCUCCAUUCAGUUGGCCCGUCGGCCUUCUUCAGCGCGUUCCGAGCAGGAUUCCGACGUGUGACCGCCAAGUGCGCUCGAGUCGGGGCUCGGCCCUGCAUCUCCCUCUUCUCUCCGUUGGCUCAUCCGGACUCUGGGCGCCCCGUCGUGGCUUUCGUUCCUGUCGCGUCUGCUCGGCCCGGAGCCGGCCUCCUCCGGGAAGGCCUGCUGGAUUCUCUCGUUCGAUUUGCAAUUGUGUUCGAUUGGUGUCUGCAUUUGAACUUGCUUUUGCAUUAGUUUGAAGUAAAUUAUUUAAUUUUUGAAACUUCUGGAAUUUUGAACAUUUACUGUAAUUUGUAAUAUACCUGCUGUGAAAUACUUGAAUAAAGAGGAUAAGAAAAACCCA